AUGAGUGCUGCCCCCGAGGAGCGCAUUCCUGCUGCUGCUAACCUCCGCCUCCCUGCUGCUGCUGCUGACCUCCUCCUCCCUGGCCUUCCCUACGGACUUGGUCGGCGGCUUAUCCAAGCGCUACAACUGGGUCCUGUGAGUUCGGUGCACCCCGGCAUCCGGUUCGGAGGAAGACUUGCUGCCGUCGAUGCGACCGGUUCCUUCGACAGAGGAGGAAGUCGGGCAGAUGCCCUCUCUGACGAGGAAUGGACUCGGGGAAGUCGGGCGGAUGCCCUCUCUGACGAGGAAUGGACUCGGGGAAGUCGGGCGACUGUGGAAAUUAGAUGA